AUGGCGAUGCAGGCGCAACAUGGCCCUCCUGGGCCGCCCCCGCCCCCAGGUCCUCCCCAACAAGGCCAGGGUUUCGCGCCAUCGCGCCAGGCGUCCUUCGUCAUAGAAGCCAUGUGGAUGCAAGUUGGCAGCUGCUGCGAAGCGCUCGGUGAUCUCGACGAGGCCAUCUUGGCGUACGAGGCCGCUCUGCGGGCGAAUCCCCAGUCCAUCCAGGCUAUGAACGCCAUCAGCUUGAUUCUGCGAACCCGCGAGCACUUCGCGAAGGCCGUCGAAUAUCUACAGGCCGUUCUCAAAAUUGAUGCGCACAAUGGCGAAGCCUGGGGCAGCCUUGGUCAUUGCUACCUUAUGAUGGACGACUUGCAACAGGCAUAUAGCGCGUACCAGAAUGCUCUCGUCAACCUACGCAACCCCAAGGAGCCCCGAUUGUGGUAUGGCAUCGGCAUUCUGUACGACCGAUAUGGUUCCCUCGAGCACGCCGAAGAAGCCUUCUCCCAAGUCAUGCAGAUGGAUCCGGCGUUCGAAAAGGCCAACGAGAUUUACUUCCGUCUCGGUAUAAUUUACAAACAGCAACAGAAAUAUGGCCCAAGUCUCGAGUGCUUCAAAUACAUUGUGUCAUCACCGCCUUCCCCCCUGAGCGAGGAAGACAUCUUGUUCCAGAUCGGUCAUGUUCACGAACAGCAGAAGGACUAUGAUAGCGCCAAAGCAGCCUACCAGCGCGUCCUCGAGCGCGAUCCCAGCCAUGCCAAGGUACUGCAACAGCUCGGCUGGCUUCAUCACCAGGAGAGCACCAACUACCAAAGUCAAGAUCGGGCUAUCGAGUUCCUUGAGAAAUCAGUCGCUGCCGACCAGAACGACGCACAGAGCUGGUACCUUCUCGGACGAUGCUACAUGUCGCAGCAGAAAUACCCCAAGGCUUACGAAGCUUACCAGCAGGCCGUCUACCGCGACGGUCGGAACCCAACCUUCUGGUGUUCGAUCGGUGUGCUAUACUAUCAGAUCAAUCAGUACAGGGAUGCUCUCGAUGCUUACUCGCGCGCUAUCCGACUCAACCCGUUCAUCUCGGAGGUUUGGUAUGACUUGGGUACCUUGAUCAGCGACGCCUUGGACGCUUAUCAACGUGCUGCGGAGCUUGAUCCAGCCAACCCUCACAUCAAGGCGCGACUGCAGCUCUUGCGCAAUGGUACCGCCAAUGGAGCACCGCUGCCCCGCGCACCUGAGCCAUCUGAUAUCCACGCCGCCUCUUACCAGGUCGGCCCACCGGCGCCCCCGUGGGCAGGUUCCGGGCCUCAACAGCAACAGCAGCAGCAGCAGCAGCUCCCGCCGCAGCCUCCUCCACCGGCGGCCGGCCCCGGCCAACACUCUUGGGGUCGUCUCGCGGAUAUCAACCCUCCUCCCCAACCGGGCAACCCGUUUGACCAACGAGGAGAGCAGUUCCGCGGCCCUGCGCCCCCUCUUCGCCAGCCAAGCCCCCCUCGUCAGGAGCAGCAUGCGCGCCCUCAAUAUCCUGAGACCAGCCGUCCUGGCUCGGUCCGCCGGGGGCCUACUCCCCCCCCUCCGGUCCACUAUUCGUCUGGCCCUCCUCCCCCUCCUCAGUCUCACCAGGCUCCUACCUCGCAGCGCGGUCAACCCCCCUUCCGCGGUGCCAACAGCCCAAGGCCUGGAGAGCGUCCCGUUCACGAGAACCGCAUGCCUUCGCCCAAGUCGGCUUACCCCCAGCACCAGCCUCCUCCCCCAGCUCCUUAUGGACACCACCCAGAGGGACCCGGCACGCCCCUGGAGGGCCCGCAGCAGCAAGCACCGGCUCCCAUGUCGGCCGAACCGGCGCCACGGAGCGAACAUGAUCGACCAGCGUCAGUUGGACCUAAACGCAUGCGCGAGUGGGAGGAGGAGUCGACGCACAAGCGUCCCGCCAACGAUGAGAACAGAGCCCGUCUUGAUGACGUCCGUCCUCGCAGGCCUUCGACCCCUCCCGGUCCACGCGAGCCAUAUAGGCGAAACUCAUCUGAAGCUCGCCGAUUCGAUGACCAACGUCGCCUCGAUGACCAGCGUCGGGCGGACGACCAGCGUCGGGCAGACGACCAGCGGAGGCAAGACGAUCAACGGAGGCAAGACGAUCAACGGAGGCAAGACGACAUGCGCAGAGCCGAGGAGCAACAGCGCCAGCCUCAGAACGAUGGAUACCACCCCUCUGAUGCCGCUCACCACCCGCCUGGCCAGCCCUUGUCCGCUAAUCAUUUGCCUCCCAUGCAGGCGUCAGCCGCACCUAUGCAAGGCGUCGUUCACGGAAGCCCCGUCCAGAACGCGCCGCCUGCUCCUCCGUCAAAGGAGUACCCUGCCGCUGAGGAACGUCCUGCAUCUGAGCAGGCUCCUCCUGUGCGUUCUGCUGCUCCGAGCGAGCCUGAGCGAGCUGCUCGCAAGAUGGACGUUGAUGAAGAUUACGAUGAUAGUGGUGAGGACGAGAAGAAGGUCCCAGCAGCGACCACGAAUGGAUCAGGCCCCGCGCCGGCUGCGGGCGAGACAAAGCCGCCCACAAGCGGCAGCGUCAAUGGGUCGUUGGGGCCUCAGCCUAAGGUUGAGUCCACCUAAUGCAAGAAUCAAAGGCCUGACUGGCCGGGUUGUGUUUUCUUUUGUCCGUCUUCCGUACCGAUUCCCUUUCAUUGCCUUGUAUACCACUUCAUUUUUACAGACCAGCUCUCUCGAGAAGGCUUUCGUUUGACGAGGACUCGGCGCACGACGGCUUAUCUCGAUAGUUUCACGAAUGAACAUAAAUCAAAGACC